AAUACCCUCUUGUCUCACUGACUUUGGGGAGACACAGUAUCCGACAUCAACAUGUCUUUCUACGAGGACGACACGAUAUACAGCAUGAUCCUAGUCAUGGGAUUGACAGGGUCGGGAAAGAGUUACUUUAUCAAUCAACUGGUCGCUGGUUCUGUUAAAGAGGGACAUAGCAUGGCUUCUGAGACAGAGAAAUGCCACAUUGUAUGGCUCGGGAUCGGGGCCGAAAGGGUUGCAAUUGUCGACACACCGGGCUUCGACGACUCCAACAGAUCCGACAGCGAGAUCCUCGAGGAGAUCGUACAGUUUCUCCUCAAACAAUACAGACUCGGUAUCCGCUUGAAGGGAAUCGUGUACAUGCACCGGAUAACGGAUAACAAGAUGUCGGGAAGUGCCCGAAGAUACUUCGAAAUGUUCCAACGUCUUUGCGGCGAGCAAAGCAUGUCCAACAUCGUCCUUCUGACAACGAUGUGGAACCAAUUGAGUGAGAGGAAAGUCGGUCUGAAGCGAGAGCGUGAACUUCGUGACCAAUAUUGGAAUGUGAUGGAGAGCAAAGGAUCUACAAUUCGCCAGUUCGAUGGAAAGCCCGCUACCGCAAAAGCGCUGGUAUGCAGACUCGCACGGAAGCCUGACGUUGUGCUUGAUAUACAGACUGAAUUAGUCCACGAAGGGAAAAUGUUAGAGGAAACAACAGCAGGUCGGCUUGUUGUGCCACGUCUGGAUAGCAGGAUUGUGGAAUCGAACAACAAAAUUCAGAAGUUGGAACAGAGGAUCGUGAAGGCGAAGGAAGUCGAGAACACAACGGAAUGGAGUCAACUUGAAGAACAACGGGCGUCGCUAAUUAGCCAACGUCAGGGGGACUUGGAACGACGGCGGCGGCUCCAGUCGAGGCUGGGAAAGGAAGUAGCUGAGGAGAUUGAGAAAAAGAAGGGCUCUGGGAAAUGGAGGGAUAGGGUUUCUGCAUUUGCGGCCUUAGUCGGGCUUGCGAUUACGGCAACUGUAAAUGUCAUCCUCCCGCUGGCUGGGGUAAUUAGUUUUUAG